AUGCGCCUCGGCGGCGGGGCUGGCCGCGUCAGCUGUGGAGGGGGCCGCGGCGUUCGCCGCCUGCGCAGCUACCAGGCUCUGGCCCCGCAGGCAACCGGCUCUCAGUGCAGGAGCCACAACAUUCUGAAAUUUUUUGGUCAUUGCAACGAUCUUGAUCGGAAGAUGAGAAAAUGCUUGAAAAAAGAGUACAUGGAAAAGAGGACCAAGAGCAGGGAGCUUGGUGAAGCGAUGCGAAAGAGACUUGUGAAUCCUCCAAAGGAAUCUGAAAAAUAAAUUAUAUUUCCAUUGGAUGCCUUGGCUGAGAGAAGACUCUUGGUUGAUAGCUGAAAGAAUCCUAUCUUAUUUGUUCUCCAGAAUCCUUUGAAUGGAAAGUGACCCGUGAGAAAUUGGACCGUGGAGAAAUAUUGAAAACCCUGGAUUCUGAAUAUCUGUUGGGAAGAGCCUUUAGUACCAUCCCUCCCCUACCAGCAAACCUGACUUCUACCAUGUUUCUUCCCUUUGUUUACAACCGGUUAACAUUUGCGUAACUUAACUUCCUCAAUAAAAUACUUUAUUUAAAUAA